AUGACACGCAUGAUACUUGGCUUCCCAAGCCCGAACAACCUAAGCAAGCGAGUUGAUACUAACUUGAGACCUCAGGUUUGCCAUAUUCACAUUGGCCAAGCUGGUGUGCAGAUCGGCAAUGCUGCGUGGGAGCUGUAUGUUCACCCGUUUCCUCUCCAUUCCCUUGCUAAGACGAAAGACAGUUACCUACUUGAGCAUGGACUCAACGUCGACGGAUCCAUCAACCCUGAUGUGACCGAUGACACUGUGACGAGCGGAUCUUAUGAGACUUUUUUCACAGAGACCACCAGUGGCAAAUACGUCCCUCGCGCUAUCUUUGUUGACCUCGACCCGUCACCCAUCGACGAGAUCCGCACCGGUACAUACCGUCAACUCUUCCAUCCCGAGCAGCUUAUCAGCGGAAAGGAAGAUGCUGCAAACAACUAUGCACGUGGCCACUACACCGUAGGCAAGGACAUCUCUGACAGCGUUGUUGACCGAAUUCGUCGUGUGGCCGACAACUGCAGCUCUCUGCAGGGCUUCAUGAUCUUCCAUUCAUACGGCGGCGGUACAGGCUCUGGAUUUGGCGCCCUGCUAUUGGAACGUAUCACCACUGAAUUCAGCCGCAAGUCCAAGCUGGAGUUCUCGGUCUACCCUUCGCCUCGUACCUCGACUGCAGUGGUGGAGCCUUACAACGCCGUGCUGUCCACCCACAGCACCAUUGAGAACUCCGACUGCACUUUCCUCGUGGACAAUGAUGCCGUGUACGACCUAUGCCGCCGCAAUUUGGAUAUCCCCCGUCCCGGUUACGAGCACAUGAACGGUCUCAUCGCCCAGGUGGUCAGCUCCAUCACCUCAAGCUUACGGUUCGAUGGUGUGCUCAACGUCGACCUAGCCGAGUUCCAGACCAACUUGGUGCCAUAUCCGCGUAUUCACUAUCCUUUGAUUUCGUAUGCCCCGGUAAACAGCGAGAAGAGCAGUUCUCAUGAGAGCUUCAAGGUGCAAGAUCUCACCUUCAAAUGCUUUGAGCCAAGAAACCAGAUGGUCAUCUGUGAUCUCCAAAAGGGCAAGUACAUGGCUGUGGCUCUGCUCUACAAGGGCGAUAUCGUUCUCCGCGACUGUGUGCAGGCAGUCGCUGCUCUCAAGGCCAAGACUUCCUUCAACUUAGUUCAGUGGUGUCCUACUGGCUUCAAACUGGGGAUCAAUUACCAAAAGCCUGUCCGUGUCCCUGGCAGUCAGCUCGCUCCCGUGGACCGCUCGGUCAGCAUGCUGGCAAACACUACAGCUAUCGCCGAGGCAUGGUGCCGCCUUGACCACAAGUUCGACCUCAUGUACUCCAAGCGUGCUUUUGUACACUGGUAUGUGGGUGAGGGCAUGGAGGAGGGUGAAUUUUCCGAGGCUCGUGAGGAUCUCGCUGCCCUUGAGAAAGACUACGAGGAGGUGGCCGAAGAUAGCAUUGUGGAGGCAGGAGAGACUGAGUACUGA